GGGCGGCGGCGGCUCCUCCCGCCCGCUGGGCUGCGGCGGCGGCGGCGGCGGCGGGGCGGCAGUCGCGGCGCGGCAUGGACGGGGGCCGCUGCCUGGGGCCGGCGCUGCCGCUCUACGAGCCGCUCAAGGAGGGUCCCGACAUGGAGGCGCUGCCGCGGGGCGCCGCCGUGGUGCAGGUGGCGCCGGCCGAGCCGCCCCCCCGCGACCACCUCGCCUGGUCGCUCUGCAGCAGCCUCUACGUGAACUUCUGCUGCCUCGGCUUCCUGGCCCUCGUCUUCUCCGUCAAGUCCAGGGACCGCAAAGUGCUGGGCGACUACAGCGGGGCCCUCAGCUACGGCUCCACCGCCAAGUGCCUCAACAUCACCGCCCUGCUGCUCAGCAUCCUGCUCCUCGUCCUCGUCGGCAUCCUGCUGGCCACGGGCACCAUCGCCGUGGCGAGCUGGGUCCACCGCGAGCAGGACGGCUACGGCUUCCCCGGCCGCGGCUAGCCGCCCGCUCGCCCGGCGUCCUCCCGCCUCGCCCGAGGGCCCCGAGGAGCGGCGGCAUCAUCGCGGCGCGAAGUCUGCUUUUCCGCUUGCAGCUUGGCUGUGGGGUUGUCUUUUUUUUUGGGGGGGGGGGGGGUGGCUGGGGGUGACUUUUGCGGUUUGUUCUGUAGUCGCGCCGAGCGCCGGCGAGAUGAGGCCCGAGGAGCAGAAGCGCCCCGCGGAAAAGACGCCGCGCCAAUAAAAGUUGCCUCCCCGUU